GGCGAGCCUCGUGCGCAAGCGCCCCCGGGAUUAUCCGGUUGCUAUGGGCCGGCGUCUCCUGGCAACCGGCGAGAGCGUGGCAGAGCGGCACCGGCGGCAGUGGGGCCGAAGGCAUGGCGCCCAAGAAGAAAGAGAAGAGCGGCCUCCGGAACCUGGCGGAUGAGCAGCCGGAGGCGCUCAGCGCCAGCGAGAGGGAGCUGUACAUGAUCCAGAUCAAGGACCUGGAGAGCACGGUGACCAAGUACCAACGGAGGUUAGAUGAACUGGAAGUAUCAAAAAGUGAUGCAGCUGAGAAGCAUGAGCAGCUUGGCAAAGACCUACAUGAUGUCAUUGCCUACCUAAAGAAGGGUCUGAAUCAGAAAAUUGAUGAGAUUGCUGAUUUAAACGACAAGUUAAUUGCCUUGAAACAAGCCAAAGACAAUGAGAAGGAUGCCUACGAAAUCCAGCUGUCACACUUACAUCAAGAGUUUCAGGAAACUAAGGAUCAGCUCACAUCUGAGAAUAUGAUUUUAGCUGGGAAGCUGGAUGCACUUGAAGAGUUUCGAGUUCACAAGGAGGAAUUGAUGGCAAAGUUUGCUUCACUUGAAGAACAGUUAAAGCAUCAGGACGAAGAGCACAAUGAGAUUAUUUAUGACUUGGAACGGAAGGCAGUGGUAGAUAAAGAUAGGUUAAAGAAGGAAUUGGUUUCCCGAGUGAAUGCUGUAGCUGCAGAGUUCCGUCGUAUCUCAAAAAAACAGGUGGCAGAGACAACAAAAAGGGCAAUCCGUGAGAAUGCAUCCAUCACUAACAAGCUGGGAAAGAUAUCGGACAAAAGCAUAAAAAUAAUCAAGGAGAAUGACGAUUUGAAAUCAGAAGCAAAGAAGCAGUGGCGAACCAUUCACAUCUUGGAGGAGAGUCAGAAGGAACUGGCCAGAAAAAAUCUCAGCAACCUUAAGGUUAUCCAAAUGUUGACUGAGAAAUGCAAACAGCAGCAGGACUCAUUAGAAAAUUGUAGGCAGAGAGAGAAGGUGAUCCCGAAACUUGAGAUGUCCAUCAAAAAACUAGAGGAACAAGAUGAAUCUUUAAGGAAAGAAGUGAUCUCUGUUCAGAAGCAACUGGAGACAAAGCAAUCUCAACUGGACAAUCAGAGAAGCCUCAUGGAACAACAGGAAAAACAUAGGAAACAAGUGGAAAAAGUUCUGUCUGAAGCUGCCUAUGCUCUGAAAGAGACUCUGCAGGACAAAACAGAAUGUGCGGAAGAAUCCUUCUCCACGACCAGUCAAGAGAAGACAGAUUCUGAGCUGCUGCUAUAUGCUCAGCGGAGCCAAAUGAUGCAGAAAUUGCUGCUUUUACUAAACAGUGCAGCCAUACUUGGACUUGGGCCUUCACUGGGGGAGUUCAUUAAAGACAAGCUACCUCCCCUGGAAGAGAAACCUCCAAGUCUUCAAGUGAGGCAUGCUUUAGCUUCUGAUGCCAUCAAAGGACCAGGCAUUCUGCCGCAUUAUAAAGUAGGUGAUCUGGGUCUCGUGCCAAGGCCCAAGCAAAUGUCUUCCAGUGUCGCUGACAAAGUGGGCCAGCUGUCAAAGACAACGCGUUUGGGUUUGCUCAGACCAUUUGCCAAUUCAGCACCGACUGAAGUGACUUAUUUACCGACGGAUCCAGCUCCUGCAGAUCAGGGAGUGCAGGCCUCGAUUCUGCCCAAAAUUGCUGUGGCGUGCUGCCUUCAAGACCAAGUUUGCGACCAAACUACUUAGACAUCUGUGAUCAUCGGUACUUUUUACAGCUAAACUCAAUUAUUAAAUAGUGAUCUUACUGAAUUUGUUA